GGUCGGUCGCGCGAAUCGUUCGAGGAGGAGAAAGCAGCAGACGCGCAGUCUCCCGCCAUCAACCCGCGAGGUUAUUACGGCACAACCUUCGGCAGAUACUUGUCUCCGCGUAGUGUGAUUGAUGCUAAGAGCGAAAGGUAACGGGACGUCGACGACGACGACGACGACGACAAAGGCGAGUGGGAGUGUGAGCGGGCCCGGCCCCCGGAAUCAGCGGUCUACUAUGCACCGCGAUGCGACCGGGGACUGUCGAGGCUGCGCCUAAGAGCUUGAGCGACCGGAUAAUCCGUGGUCGUCGGCAUCGUCGUUGUUGUCGUCGUCGUCGCCGUCGUCGUCGUCGUCGUUGUCGUUGAGGUCGGUUUGUCGCUAAGCUCAUCGCGCUCGCGUCACUCGCCCCACGCUAAAUCACGCUAAAUCGGCCGGUGGGCGGUGCUCUGGCGGUGGUAAGGCGGUGGUGAGGCAGCAUUGAGGCGGCGUUGAGGCGCGCAGGGGCAGGAACCGACGUUCGCUCUUAACUCUGGCUCGGCUUUCCGCAUCGUGCAAAGAGGAGGCGGCGGAGCCGAGGGCGACCGCGAUGGUUGCCAUCGAGGAGAUCAAGAGGACGUAUCCCCUGCACUGGCUCGUCUGGAACAACAGCCACGCCGAGCUCGACAAGGAGCUCGCUGCUAAUCAGCAUGAUAUUGAGCUGCACGACAAUAGGGGCAGAACACCAUUGAUGCUGGCUGUGACGUUGGGUCACAUAGAUUCUGCCAUAAUUUUACUUCAACACGAGGCUAACGUUAAUACAGAAAAUAAGCAAGGAUGGAACGUUGUACAAGAGGCCGUUGGUACUGGAAAUCCAGAGUUGCUACAGAUGGUAUUGGCGAGACGGGACUACCAGAGGUAUUGCAAUCGAGUGGCGGGCAUUCUUAAGCAGGCACCAGACUUUUACGUAGAAAUGAAAUGGGAAUUUACCAGCUGGGUUCCUCUUGCUUCGCGUAUGUGUCCAAGCGAUACCUAUAAAGUUUAUAAACAGGGCAGCAAUGUUCGCAUCGACACUACAUUAUUGGGUUUUGACCACGACAAUUGGCAACGUGGCAAUCACAGCUAUGUUUUUAAAGGGCAAAAUGAUGGUGCUACAAUAAUGGAGGUAGAUCAUGAAACUAAAAAAGUCUAUGUAGAGCAUAUGAAACUUCUUAGUAAUGAUAAUAUACAUUUAAUGGAGCCAUCGGAGGAAGGUAUUUUAGCCCGAUUAACAAAUCCAAUUGUAACAACUUAUAUAGAUACUGAAAAAAUAAGCUUUGAAAGAAACAAGGCAGGAUUGUGGGGUUGGCGAUCUGACAAAAGCGAAGUGGUGAAUGGGCACGAGUGUAAAGUAUUUAGUGCCAGUAAUGUAGAAUUAAUAACGAAAACAAGGUUAGAACAUCUUUCAGAAGCAGAUAAAAUGAGGGCCAAAGCACCUCGUCUUACGUUACAAUCGAUCUUUGGUAUCGCUGAACAGACGCAAGAAGAAGGUGCCACUGCAAUUAAUGAAGAAAUUACAAACAUUACCAAUCCUAGUAACGUGACACCCGAGGAAUAUUUUGAUCCUCAAGUUGAUCUAACUAGCAGAGACAUUGGCAGACCAAAGGAAAUCACUACGAAAGUGCAAAAAUUUAAGGCCACUCUAUGGUUAAGCGAAAAGUAUCCACUCAGUCUUCAAGAACAAAUUAUGCCAGUCGUUGAUCUCAUGGCCAUAACUAGUUCACAUUUCGCUAAAUUGAAAGAUUUUAUACAAAUGCAAUUACCGUCGGGAUUCCCUGUCAAAAUAGAGAUACCCCUGGUCCAUAUUUUAAACGCAAGAAUAACAUUUGGAAAUAUCUUCGGACUAGACCAAGAAGUGCCGCACGUUAUUCGUGUAGAAGAAGCAAAUCGAUUAACUUGUCUUGUAGACGAUAUGUGCUUUGAAAUUCCAACAGGAUAUAAAAAACUAGGCGCUGAAGUAAGAACGCAAUUUAGCAUCGAACAAGAAGAUGAUUUAUUACAAUUUGCAAUACAACAAAGUCUUCUCGAUGCUGGUAGUGAACGAGAUGAGGUGGACAUAUGGGAGGCUCUAAAAGCACAAAAACCUUCGCGUCCAUCCACACCCAAUAUAAGUGCAGAAGAAGAGAAGCAUCUCCAAAGAGCGAUCCAAGCAAGUCUGGAACUGUAUCAAGAAACGGUAGGUGAAUGCAGCAGAGAAGGUAGUAGCAGUGCCGGGGGAUCGAGCGACGCGACUAACGAGUCAUUGAGCAGAGCAGCGGAGGAACUAAGAUUGGUGUUAAGACUUUCUGAGCAGCAACAAAUAGAAGAAGAGCAACGUCGACUUCUCGAAGAAGAGACAUUUAGACAAGUUCUAGAACUUUCGCUUACUGAUAAGUGAAUUUUUUUAAUUUUUCCAAGCUUAGGGAUAUACACAAUAAGUGGCGCGCGCAGCACUCCUGAUAAAAUAAUUUGAAAAAUCUUCCAGCUGUGCUUCAAGUGAAAUAAAGGA